GAAAACCCCAGGAGUUAAGAAUUUUUUUAAUCUCCGUCUAUAAAUAGGAAACUAAGUCUCGGCGAAGGAGUUCAUAAAGAGGACCGAGAGCGGAUCUCCCGUGCGAGCGAUUUAGGGAUCUCAACGACGCGAGUCCAAAUCCUCGUCUCCGGCGAGCUUGAGCAUAACUUUCAAAAAAGCAGGUAGAUAUUUGUUCGUUUGAUCUCUGUCGAUUUUCAACAGUCAAGUGUUCAUGUCUGAUCUUGACGUUCAGAUUCCAACUGCUUUUGAUCCGUUUGCCGAGGCAAAUGCUGAUGACUCUGGUGCUGGUGCAAAAGAGUAUGUGCAUGUGCGCAUACAGCAGCGCAACGGCAGGAAGAGUCUGACCACCGUGCAAGGAUUGAAAAAGGAAUUCAGCUAUAACAAGAUCUUAAAGGAUCUCAAGAAGGAGUUCUGCUGCAAUGGUACUGUUGUCCAGGACCCAGAGCUGGGCCAGGUCAUUCAACUUCAAGGUGAUCAACGGAAGAAUGUGGCCACUUUCCUUGUUCAGGCCGGCAUCGUGAAGAAAGAGCACAUUAAAAUACAUGGUUUCUGAGCAGCUGCAAAUCAAGCAGCAGUAGUGUUACCAGACAGCAGUUGGACAUAUAUUAUCUUGUUAGCUAUUUCUCUCUUCAUGCUUGAUAUAAUCUGUCCUGUGAGACUAUGGGAGCACUUCUCCAGUUGCCUUGUUUCAGUGACCUGACUUGGAUUAAGGACGUAUGCUACGUUGUGUUUUUUGUUGUUAGCUACAGUUUGAAGUUAACUUGUUUGGGUUUGAAUAACAGAUCUUAUAGUUUGGGUACCGUGUA